AAAAUGAUAGAACCAUCGAGAAAAACAUCAUCAUAGUAACCACAGAAAAUGUUAUAGCAAUAAGGCUAUCUGCAGUCCAAAGAGAAGUAUUCCUCAAAUCUCUCCCACUACCCCAGGCCAUUUCCGAUCGAAUAAGCAAAAAAACACAGGACUCCCAAUAUAAUUGAUAUUUUCCGGUUUGCCUGUGUUUACAUAACCCAAGAUGGCGGCUGAUUCAGACGGAGCGAAAGUAUCGAUUAUGACUCUUGCUGACGAGCUUGUUGACAUGAUUCUCGCUUAUGACUUACUGGAUCACAGAGAUAUUUGCCGAUUUGCUCAAGUCUGCAGUCGUUUCAAUGCGAUAGCGACGAGCAAUGAAGUGUGGAGACGAAGAUGUGUUCGCAGAUGGAAGGUCUGGCGAAAGUUUUCAUCAGAGGACUGGCGACAGGUGUUUCGGGAGAGAUUGCAAAUUGAGCAGAAAGUACUGCAUCUUAUAGAAAGGUUGACCAGAAAUGCAUUCUUUAAAGCAGACGUUCCUGACAAACAGUACACAGAUAUGACUGAUAUAAUAGAAAUGCAUGACUGUGAUAGCAAGGGCCAUAUAGAGAAUACAUUGGUUGAAUUGAUUGAGGUGGAUUUGAGUGUACAAGACCUGACUCACAAGCACUAUGCAGACAGACUGUUAGCUUGCUUGCAAAGAUUUAAACUCAUAAAGGAGUGGGAAUCCCUUCUAUGCAAGCCAGAAGAAGAGCAGACUCUUGUGAAUGGGGCUGUGCUUAUAGCACAAUGGGUUCAAUACGAUAAGCCUUCAGAGAUCACAAAUAAAGUUAGCCAAGAGCUUGAACGCUUAACCGAAGAGGUCAGACAAACAGUAGCUGUCUCAACUGAGCUCCAAGACACCACUUGUCCUGUGACGGAUCAAAGAUUUUUAGAAGCUGUCCGUGAUGUCAUGUUUACCAAAGAAAAUUUCUCAGGCAACACAGAGGAUUAUUAUGACUUGGACAAUUCAAUGAUCAAUGAGGUGCUUGAGAGAAAGAAGGGAAUUCCAAUAACAUUGGCUGUUGUCUUUACUGCUAUUGCUCGACGACUUGGAGUUAAAGUAGAGCCAGUCAAUUUUCCCAAUCACUUCUUACUUCGAUGGAAAUGUAAUCAUGAUCUGCAGGCUGCUGAUGGUUCAGAUUACCAAUAUAUUGACUGCUUCAAUGGAGGACGGUUUUUAUCAAAGGAUCAAUGCAUGAAUUUAAUUUCACCUAUGCUCAGAGGGAUUCAUGCAGGCAAUAUCGAGCCUCAACUUGCUUCUGCCAGAGAUGUGUGGAUAAGAAUGCUCUCAAACAUAAUUUAUGUCUGUCAGACAACAACUAGGCUUGAUAGCAGGUUAAGAUGUCUAAGGCAUGUGCUAGAACUGAAGCGUAUGCUAUGCCCUGAGGAUAGAGAGUGCAGGCUCUUACAAGCCAGGGUGUUUGUCCACCUGGGUAUUAACUUGACUGAGGCAAUUGAGACGCUAGAAUACCUCGGCAGCUGGAAUAACUCGGACAGACUGGCUUUCCUUCUUCAAGACGCAAAGAACCAAAAAGAUUCAGAAACCGAAGAUGAAACACAGCGUCUUAAACCGAAACUUCGUUCUGAUCCCCGACAUUCCAAAGUGAUCUAUAAAGUUGGCAUGGUAAUGCGUCACAGGAGAUAUCAUUACGGCUGUGUGAUUUGGGGAUGGGACCCAUUCUGCAAUAUGAGCGACGCCUGGAUCCAGCAAAUGGGUGUGGACCGUCUCCCUAACGGCCGUAGCCAGCCCUUCUAUAACGUCCUUGGCGAUGACGGCACGAGCAGAUAUGCUGCCGAAGAGAACCUGGUCAUCGAAACUGGGCAAGAAUUCAAUCGUCACCCAGACCUCGGCAAAUAUUUCAAGGCUUGGAAGGGGCACCGAUACAUUCCUAACUACGUGUUACAGAAUAUCUACCCCGAGGAUAACUUAGAUGCAUGAUAGUUUUUUUUUUCAACCAAGCUUGACUUGUCUCUUGUGAUCCCGAGAACCACCUAAAUCAAAGGCGAUGACUGUGAAUGCGAAUGAAUCCAUAGAACAUCUGGAAAGGUUACCAGGUAGAGAUCUCGCUUUAAAGACCUUAGCCACCCCCCCCCCAAAAAAAAAAAAACAACCAAAUAGAAACAGGCUGUCUAUUAGGAAUGGCUUUCAUCCAGCUUAUUUAAUUGUAAAACAUUGUAUAGAAAUUAAUUGUAGAAUUGUAUAGAAAAUAUUUAGUUAUCGGGCGCUUGCCUUAAUCACCGUGAGGGUCAAGUUAAAUUAACUGGUUUUAAAUUGUGGAUAUUAUAGGGAAAAUAUAUAUAUAUAUAUAUAUAUUAAAAAAACUUUUGUUGCCCUUUUACUAUUCCCUGUUGAUAAUAGAAAUCCACAGCCUUAACGCAGGUAACCCAAAAAUAUAUUCCCAAUUAAAAAAACAAAAAACAAAGAAUAAUCCAUCUCUAAUUUAUUUACAAAGAUAUUAUUACAUAUAUGUACAUUGAAUAAACUACAGUGAAGUCCCCG